ACACCAAGCUAUACAUACAAAUGACAAAGAUCAUCAAAACAACUGUGACGACUGAAAACACUUGACCAAGUAGGUUAUUAACAAAUUAUUGCUUUACAAUUAUAUUGAAAACCAAAAUUGUGUUUGAUUAUACUUAGAAAAGUGCAAAAACCUGCAAGAAAACAUAUCUAUCUGGAAAUAAAAGCAGGAAAAUUGUCUAAUUAACUCGGAUAAAGUCCAGGAUUGAUUACUUUCGGAGUUCAAGACCAUCAUAACCUAUUUUUUUACGUACGAUAAUGAUGAAUCUAUUGGGGCGUCCCGACAUCGAGGCGGGCGAAGUAUUUGUGAAUUUUAAUCAAAAUGUCACAUCUUUGGCAGUAGCUACAAGAUCCGGCUAUAAUUUAUACAGUCUCAGCUCGGUUGAUUUAACUUUGGAUAAAUUAUACAGCUGCCACACGGAUGAGAUAUUCCUCAUCGAGCGUCUUUUCGAAAGUUCGUUGGUUGCUAUUGUCUCUCAACGCUCUCCGAGGAAAUUGAAGAUUUGCCACUUUAAGAAACAGAACGAAAUUUGUAAUUAUUCAUAUUCAAACACCAUAUUAGCUGUUAAAUUGAAUCGAGAACGAGUGAUUGUCUGCUUGGAAGAGAGUCUUUACAUUCAUAAUAUCCAGGAUAUGAAAGUAGUGCAUACGAUACGUGACACUCCAUGCAAUUUAAACGGUCUUUGUGCGCUCUCUUCAUCAUCAGAGCACUGUUAUUUGGCUUACCCGGGAAGCGUUACGUCUGGAGAAGUACAGAUUUUCGAUGCUAUAAAUUUGCAUGCCAAAACGAUGAUACCUGCUCACGAUUCACCAUUAGCAGCACUGGCUUUUAGCCAGUCUGGUACUGAGAUCGCCACUGCUAGCGAGCGUGGUACUGUAAUUCGAGUGUUUUCCUCACUUGAUGGAACAAAACUGUUUGAAUUGCGCCGUGGUCUUAAGCGUUGUGUUGCUAUUGCGUCACUUUCAUUUAGUACGUGCUCUGGAUACUUAGUUUCUAGUUCAAAUACUGAAACGGUACACAUUUUCCGUUUGGAUCGAUCGGCUGCCGAACAGACCGAGUCUAAGCAAUCGCCAGACGACUGGAUGGGUUACUCCCUUUUUAGGUAUCUCAGCAAAACUGUGACUAGUUAUCUGCCCACACAAGUAACGGAUGUAUUCAGCCAAGGACGUGCAUUUACGUCGGUAACAUUGCCCGAACCUGGUAUUCGACGUAUGUGUGCGAUUACAACAAUACAAAAACAGCUAAGACUUUUGGUGGCUUCACAAGACGGUUACUUGUAUGUGUACUCCAUUCCCUCAAUUGAAGGAGCUGAAUGCCAGCUUAUUAAAAAGCAUGAUAUACGCCUUGAUGACUCCUAUGCAAUGGAUAUUAAAGUUGAUUCACCGCAACCACUGGGAGGUACUGGUGCAGUAGUUACUGAACGUGCGACUGAAGAAGAUACAUCUAAACAGAAUACAGCCGGUGGGGCAACUUAUGCUUCUGCAGUAAAAGGCGAAGAAAAGGCAACACUGACUUAGAUAUGUCGCACGUUUAAAUAUUCGCUGUUACCACCAUGAACUUCAUAAACUAUAUAAGUCUGUCAAUGAACGAAGUUUUUAACAAAAAAUAUUAAGGAAAUUCGAAUGGUUAUUUUUUUUGUCGCAAUGUGAUGCAGUUUUUCCUUGUAUAGACUUAGGGCAGUGCACACAAUUUUAUAUAAUUUACAAUUUCCAAACAUUUAUUUCCAUUUUAUGUAAAAAAUGUAUCUAGUGCUGGUAUUGAUUUCAGAUGUCGUUAGUGUUUA